UGUUGCUUGCAGGUUUGUGGAUUCGAUCUCUUGAGAAGUGAGAGACGUUCAUAUGUUUGUGAUGUGAAUGGAUGGAGCUUUGUUAAAAACUCAUACAAGUAAAUUUUGUAAUUAGAUUUUUUUUGCAUUGCGUUUUUUUUAUAUCAGCAGCAGGGUUCAAAAUACUUAAAUAGUUAUUCACGUUCUUUCUAUAAACAGAAAAUCAUAGGUUCAGUUCUUCCCAAUUUGAUAUAUAUUUGAUUUGGAGAUAUUAUAAUUGUGCCUUUUUAUCCUUAGAAAAUAUUUGAAAGGAUAGAUACUCCAAGAGGUCAUGCUGUCAGUUUUGUUGAUCCUGUAUACUCAGUGGACUCUUCAAAUUCAGAGUUUUCAUCUAGCAUUUUACGGUUUUCAUACAGCUCAUUAAGGACUCCUUCUUCAGUAUAUGAUUAUGAUAUGAGCACAGGCAUUUCAGUUUUGAAGAAGAUUGACUCAUUUAUUAUAUUUGAUGGAUAAGAGUUGGAUUUCUGAUCAAUCUCAAGUUAAUGAGAAGUAUAUUAGGGGGGUUUUAAAUUUUCUUGAUUUUGCAUUUGAAAAAUCAUCUAAGGAUGGAAAAAUUUUAUGUCCUUGCACCAAAUGUGUUAAUCGUGAUUGGCGCUCUCGAAUGGAUGUUUAUGAGCACAUAGUCAAUCGUGGUUUUCUAAAAGGAUAUACUAAUUGGAUUUUUCAUGGUGAAAAUAUUGGUCCUUAUAUUUCUGAGAGUACAUAUCAAGAUGGGAGGUUUGAUCAUGACAUUGAUACAUUAAUUCAUGAUGCUUUUGCAAUGCAUGCAACUAAUGAGGGCCAAAAUAUAGAUACAGACACGGAGGAUGAGAAUGUUGAACCAUUAGUAAAUGAAAAUAAUGUUCAACAAUUUGAAGUUUCUUCAUCUAAGUUUUAUAAGUUGUUGAAAGAAGUUGAGCAAGACCUUUAUCCUGGUUGUAAGAAAUUCACAAAGCUCUCUUUCCUUGUACAUCUCUAUCAUUUGAAAUGUCUGAAUGGGUGGAGCGAUAAAAGUUUUUCAAUGUUGUUAGAGUUGUUAAAUGAUGCUUUACCAGAAGAAAAUACUUUGCCUAAGUCAUUUUAUGAUACAAAGAAGAUAAUUUCAGGAUUGGGUUUAGGCUAUGAAAAAAUUCAUGCAUGUCCUAAUGAUUGUAUAUUAUAUAAGAAUGAUUUAUCCAACGAAGAAAAAUGCCCAAAGUGUAAUUUUUCAAGAUGGAAAAAUAACUCUAGUGAUGAUGAAGCCAGAAAAAAAAUACCUGCAAAGAUUCUUCGUUGGUUUCCUCUCAAACCUAGACUACAAAGACUUUUUAUGUCAUCCAAAAUAGCUUCUUUUAUGACAUGGCAUGAGUAUGGUCGAACUAAGGAUGGACUUAUGAGACAUCUCGCUGACUCUUUGGCAUGGAAGGAUUUUGAUAAUCGAUAUCCUGAGUUUUCUUCUAACCCUCAAAAUGUCUCAUAAGUCCAUCCUUAGUUCAUGAAAUAUAUUUUUUCCCAUGAUUUUCACUAUAUUUAUGGUCUGUUUAGAAUUGAAUGUAAAUUGUAGGUUAAAAUCAUAAUUUGGUCUCUUAUAAUAUUUUUUUGUUUCAAUUUAGUCUCACUUUAAUUUUUUGUUUCAAUUUGGUCCCUAAUAAUUUAAAUUAGUGCA